AUGAAAUUCUCCCUCCUCGCCCUAGUGAUAUUUUCAUUCUCCACCACGCUGGCUGAAAAAACAUGCACUCCGAGUUUCGAUUAUUGCGCUGACGAGCUCCUCCAAUCAAGGGGCUUCACGGAAGUUGAUCUCAAAGAUGCGUUGAAAGAUAGUGAGUUUGAAAACGAGGAUUUCAGGAACAUUCUCUUCCAUUGCAAGAACCCCGGAAUCGUGGGCCAUCCCAAGCAUGGUUCUAGCUUCGCUGACGGCAACUUUGUGGCUAGCGAGCUCAUUGGCGCGUAG